AUCAAAUGAGUUUCUCAUCAGGCCUCUGUAGAGCUGAGCGACUGCUGGUGAAGCAAUAUAGUUUAUUUUAGUACAGUGCAAUAGCUUGGACCUCUUAUUUUCAAUUUCAUUGCAGUAAUACUGUUCCUUUUUCGUGUACAUAACAGUAAAACAUUGAUUUGAAUUGCUUGUUUAAUUAUUAUGCAAUGAAAUACAGGUCUCCGACCUUGUUUGAUGGCAAAACGUCGAGCUGCGCWGAUUGUCAGUAUAUUACGGUAGGAGGAAGAGUCAAUUUCUACGCUCCGCUGACGUCAGAGGACCCGCUGAAAUUCAAAGUUGGAGAAGGACGCUACAACACCUGACGACAAGGAGGCUGUUUUCUCAACUUAAUGCAACCUAGGUUUGACCUGAAUCGAAUUUAAGCUUUUUAGGCAUAUUCUCAGUUCAUCAUGGAAGCUGGGCAGGAAAAUCUCAGCAAUCUCACCCUAAAGAGGCCUCUGUCAGACACUGAAGACAACAAUGUCCCUGCAGCAGAUGUAAAAGAURGACUGAAGCGGCGGCGUCUGGAAGCGGCUGGACAGGAGAACCGGAGUCCUGCGCCGUCCUCAUCUGGACGACUAGCAGAGUUCCAGGCAAAACCGGACACACCAGUGAUCCCGUCGGUCCGUUCACGAGUCCAGCUGCUCACCCAGAGAAAAGACGGUAACUUCAUCUCAUACUACUGGCAUUGGCACGCUUAUGGAGAGCCUCCUGCUGGCUGCUCUUUCCCCUCYUCACGGGUUCCUGUGUCUMAAAGGACAUUUUGUUGGCCUCCCAUUCAGCCGUGGGAUGUUCCUGGAGACGUUGAGAUGAAAGAUGGAAGUGUUACUGAAAUGUUGACAUCUGUGGCUACGACACCUUCUGAAAAUAUGACGGGUGAAGGAGCGUUCGCUGCAUCUAAAGAGCUCAAACUCCGCAGCGAGGAGCAGAAGGAGAGCGUUCCUCAUGGUGAGGAAGCAGGAAAUGAGAACGAGCUCAAGMMUGCAAMUGUGAAUGCAGAAGAGCAGCCAGGKUCCCAACACCCAGAGAGCCAGACUGURUUAAAGUUUUCUUUCAGUGAUGAGCACAGCCUGUCUGACCUGCACACAGCUGAUAAGCACAGCUUCUUACAGUCAACUCUCCUAGAUGAGUCAAACACGAAGGAAACGAGCGAAGUUUCCAGAGUAACUGAGGUGGAAAGGUCUGAGGUGUUUCCUUUUGACGAAGACGAGACGAUGGAAGGUUCUACAUGUGGUGAAGAGAUUGAAACUUCGACCGAUGAGGAACUAAGGGAGUGGAGAUAUCCUGAAGGAAAUGUGUCGGCUGACGAGGAAAGAGUGUUUAGUGAGGAAAAGGAAGAAGAAAUGGAGGCAGCAAGAGAGGGAAAGGAGAAAGAAAGUGGCUUGAAAAAUAAACCUGCUGAAGUUAGAAGUACUCCAGAUCUAGAUGUCUCAGAAAAGACAGCUGGCUUUAGUGAACAACAGGAAGACGAGAAGCUUAGAGCAGAAGAGAAGAGGAGUUAUGGAGAAAACRGAGUAGAUGACUCCUUGAUAAGGAAAUCAGCUUUAAAAGUCAAAACAUUGAGAGGGAAACCAUCAGAAACCAACUUUGAAAACGAAGCUCAACUUGGUGGGAGGGAUGAAUGUCAGGGUUCAUCUGAGAUCCAGAUAUCAGACUCCCAUCAGGGGGAGAGGGCGGUUUCAGGUGGGCUGAAAGCAGAACGCUCAAAAAAAGUCACCUUUUCUGCCAACACCAAGGAGAAGAUAACUGCUCUGAAUGAAGAAGCUGGGAAGCUGCAGCUGGUGAUCAACCAGACGCUGCAGGCGCUGAGCUGCUGCACCGAYGUGGAGCACGGACGAGGCUCUCUGGAGGAGGCCGAAGCCGAGAAACUUCUGCUGGUGUCCUGUGAGAAACGGUCUGCUCUGCUGGCAGAGGUGUCCAGACUGCGGGAGGAGAGGAGCCUGCAAGCUGAAGAAGCUCCAAAGGAGGACGGGGACUACGUUUCCCAGCAUGCCUGCAGAGGAACCGUCAACAUCACCAGCAUCCAGCUGCCUCUGAAGGUCGAGUUUGUCUGCUCAUCGAACACCCGUCCAGGUCGACCGAGCCACUACUUCUUCGUCCUGAUCCGCUACGGACCGUGCAACGUCAUCGCCACCUCGCUGGCCACGGCUGCUGACGCUCAAAAUGGAGACGCCAUCUCCUUCCCGACUGCAGUCACACUAAAGGAUAUACGCUCGUCUUUUGAGAUUGAUGUUGAAGUCUACAGCCUGUGUCCCAGCUCAGGAUCCAGCAGUACCACAGACCGGACCAGCACCAAGUCCCGCGUCACGCCGAGGAAGUUUCUGAACACCCUCACACAGAAAACCAGCAACAUUUUCACAUCCCCUGCUGCUCUCAACACUCGCCGCUCCAGUAACUUUUCUCUGGUGGGUUCCCACAAGAUCACCUUGGCUUCACUGGGAUGCAGCAAAUUUCCUCUCGAUAAGAUGAAAUUUGAUGGCAAAAUCAGGAAGCUGCUGGGAGAUGAAUUUCAGGAAAAGGUUUCACUUUCUUUUUUUUUUUUUCUUUUUUUUCUCCAGACGAUGUUUGAGUUGAUCAGUGGAUUUGGGGUGUGGAAUCGGCGAUAUUUUGUUCUGGAGGAAUGCAACUUGUCCUAUUGGAGCAGCCCAAAUGACAGGGAGACCAAGGAAGCAGAAGGCAGCAUCUCUCUGUCCAGGUCUCCCAGUCAGUGCGUCAGGCCCGUUAAGAGAGAUUCAUGUGCUCGACCUUUCACCUUUGAGCUGGUGAACGCCUCUCAGCAGGAAGACCAAAACCAGGAAGCGCUGUCCAAGUGUUGGUUCUCGGCCGACACCAAGCAGGAGAGGUUGGACUGGAUGGAGAAGCUCAACCAAGCCCUGCUGGACUUUCACACGUGGAACCGUCCCCCGGCUGAGAAUCAGGCGUCCAACACGUCCAGCAUGUCCAACACGUCCCACAGYGGGACCCUGACAGAGAGCAUCCUGUAGUCCUGGAAUCAGCUUUUAGGUUUUGGUAUGAGCUGAUAUCUGGGGUUAGAUUCGAUUAGAGCUGUGGGAGACGUGAUGAAGCAUCUCAUGUUGAUUUAUUGAUGGGAGACAUGGCUAAUUCAUUUUUCUGUUUUAAUCCUAAUCUAYAAUUGUUGGGUUUCACUUUUAUUUGCAAACUYGAAUAUUUUUAGUUUCAUGUCAAAUUCUUUUCUUUCUUUYUUUUUUUAACUGGUUUUUAUUUUUUUCAGGAUUUCGUUUGGUGAGCAGCUGCUCUGUUAAUAAUUGGUCACUUUAAGUUGUCGCCUUUGCUAUCACCAAUAUUUACUUGUGUACGUGUACGGAUUCAGACUCUAUUUUUAUUGUUCAAGCUUGAAGGAUAAAUAGUCAUCAAUACACUAAUACUAAAUAAAUGUAUGACUAACGCAGGAUAGUCAUACCUGUGUUUAUCAUACGUUUAAAACAUUUAACAGUCAUUUUCUCUCUGUUAAAUAUUCGGGUUUGGCUUCAUUCAGAAGGCUGAGGGACAAAAAGCCUAUUGUUGUUUCUGGGAUUUAAUUAUGUGGAAGAGAAAUAUGCAAAACAAUUUCAUUUACCUUGAUGUGAAGGAGGAGAGUUUGGUUGCUUAGACUUUAUAUAUGACUAAUUUACAAAAUCAUACCCUUACUAUCUAAAUGGUAGAAGUUUCUUUUAGUUAUUUUUCUUUCAAAGUGAGAUUUUUUUUUUUUUUUAUGUAUAUACGGACCCUUUGAUAAUUAGCAUUGCUGGCCUCUUGUCUGACUUCAUUCCCAGCACAUUAAGUGUUGAUCAUUAUUUCAAAUACAAAGACCCUUUAGUUACUGAUAUAAACAUGUAUGUAAGGUGAGGAUAAAUGAUUUGAUCYGUUUAGUUUUCUUUCUCCUCUGUCAUGUCGUUGGUUUUCUUGUAUAUGUGUGUUUUCAGUCUGUGCAUCUAUUGGAAAGUAUAAAUAAAGUCUAAGGAUUGAAACCUGA